AUGGCGACAUUGACCAUCAUUCUGCUUGUCAGCACAGCUUUUGCUCUGGGAGAUGCUAUGAUACGACCCAAGACCCCAUGUGAGGAUGCUAGAGAUGCCGCUUUAAAUGGCUCAAUUGGAGCCUACGUCCCCACGUGUGACUACAAUGGCCAAUACACCCCUGAGCAAUGUUGGGGAUCUACAGGUCACUGUUGGUGUGUGACCAGUACUGGACAGAAGGUCCCGGGUAGUGAUACUCCACCAGGCACUGCUAGCAACUGUUCCACCAAGGAGACGAUCACCAUGGCGAUAUUCACCAUCAUUCUGCUUGUCAGCACGGCUUUUGCUCUGGGAGGUGACUCCAUGACCAUGUUGACCAGUCUUCUGCUUCUCACUGCUGCCUUUGCUCUGGGAGAUGCAC